GUUCAUUGAUAUCUACAUACGCACUCUUAUUAAACAAAAUGCCCCUCUUCCACCGCGACUCCGUAUCCAGCUCCUCCCGGUCGAGCGUCGACGACCCAAACACCCACACCCACACCCACCACAACAAAACCGGCCUCUUCGGCCACCAUACCUCCCACUCCACCAGCGGACACAGCAGCGCCUCCGGCAGCGGCGCCCGACGGAGUAGUGUCAGCCACGGCCACAGAACCGGACACGGACUCUUCCGAAACAAGAACCCCGAAGACCCAGCCAUCAGCGCAGCCCGGGACCGCGUCUUCCACGCCGAGGAGGCAGAGCGGGCUGCUGAUAAGGCGCUAUAUGCCUCACGGCUGGCAGUGCAGGAUGCGCGGAAUAAUGUGAAAGAGCUGGAAAGGGAUGCGAAGGAGGAGGCCCGACUUGCUAAGGUGAAGCAGCGGGAAGCGAAGGAUAUCUCGAAGCGUGCGAAGCCGCUUGGUCGUCAUCACUGACUGGCGGUCUCUUAAUUCGAUGGCUUGGUUUGAAUGAGAUAUUCGGAUGUAUACUAUGCGACGCGCUAUGAUUGUAUAAUACCUGUGCUGUUUUUUAGCACCCUGCUCUAUAUUGAAAUGUACUAUAUGGUCCUUAUUUAAUAUUCUAUUCACUGAUU